UCGUAUUACAUCUUUUUGAACUCACAUAUUACAUCUCUUCCCAUUUUAUAUUAUUAUAAAAAAAAAAACUUUAGUAAAAAUAGUAAAGAACCGUAUUGGACCCUUUCUGUGAUUUCAUAUUACAAUGUCCCUUUAUUAUAAAGUAUACAAAAGACAUCCUGCUAGUCAAAUAGUGUACCACUAGCCAGGACAAAAGUUUGACCAUGAACACAUAGAAAUAAUUAAAUUGAAGUGUUCAAGAUUGAAACUUUCAAACUUAUGCCUUGUAUUUGUCUUCAAUAAUUCCUACCUACUACUUUUCCUAUAAAUAACCUUCAAUCUUUCAAAGCACAGAACACACUAACAUUUUCUACUAUAACCAAGCUUCCGCGUUAUUAAUUAUUCUGAAAGAACGGGAAAUCAAGUUUGUUUAUAAUAAAAAGAACACUUUCUCAUGGCUCUUUCUGCUACUAGUUUCAUACAAAUGCCACUGCUGCGAACAACCAAUUAUAAAUCUUCUCCUACAAAACCUAUGACUAUUACAAUAACAUGUGUUAACCAUAAAUAUAAAGCUAAACAAGUUGAUAGAAGCAGAAAUGGAGGGUAUGGACCUGGCCCACAGACCACUAGUAUUAAACUCCAAACCACAAAAACAACAACAAGAAAUCUUCAACUUGACAACAUUUAUGCCACAGCAAUCUUGAGUAGCGUCAAUGAUGAAGAUGAUCACAACACAAGUAGUCCUAAAAGGAUUGGCAACGUAGAUUAUCAUUAUGAAAUAUGAAUUGAAUGUGCAUACAUGGUGUCAAUUUUGUCAAAAAAAAAUCACCAUGAUAUCAACAAGUUGUAAUCAUGUAAUGAUAGAAACUGAUGUAUAGAAUGAAUUUACAGAAUAACAAUACAAGUUUAAUGAAAAGUCUUUAAGUCGAGUAGAGAAGGAUUAAGAAACAACUUGUAUAAAGUUAUAGAAAAAGUUCCAUAACGAACCAUGUGUUCAAAACACCACAUUCAGACAUUACCAGUACGUGGGUACUACCCAUAUUGUUGAAAUUAACCCCAAUUUUGGAGAUAAUUCUUAUCGAUCUUGAUUGAUCGAGAAUCAAUCUUUUUGAUA